AUGUCCAGAUUAAAGAGUCCCCCAUCGAACAAACAGUCGAAAGAUGCCGAAAGAGGGAAUUUCGAGGACUUUGUUACGGGUCUGAGUAUACUGUCACGCGGCUCGAUAGACGAGAAACUCCGCUGGACUUUUUCUCUUUACGACAUCAACGGGGACGGCUGUAUCACGCGGGAGGAGAUGACGGACAUCGUGACUGCCGUAUACGAACUAAUGGGCAAAUUCGCUGAUCCAAACCUGAAUCACGAGGGCGUACGCGAGAAGGUGGACCGUAUGUUUCAGAAAAUGGACGGCAACAGGGACGGUGUGGUGACGCUGUCCGAGUUCCUGGAGGCUUGUCGUGCAGAUCCGGACAUCUCGACCAGCAUGGCAGCUCUGGACACUGCCUUCUGACGACACUCAUCGCGCCCGCGAUACACACCGUGGACCUGAAGGGAUCACCCGAUUAGGAAGAAAACAAAAUAAACAAAUCGCUCAAUGUUGUACCUUAACUCCCUGGACCAGAGGAGGGGAACUCCUCAAGGUGUGUCCCGUUGUCCUGAAACGGUCGAUACGCGAUUUCUCAGAAUCGAUUGCCUCGAGAGACGACACCGCGUUGCUUUGCGCGUGCUAGCUCAACAAAACGUACUACUAUUACUUCUACUCAGCGGAAUUUCUAGAUUCGCGUGGAGGAAGGAACUAUUUAAGAAGGAGAACAGGAGGCGAAGAACCCGGGAAAAGAGUUUAUAUAUGUAAUCAUAUAAAAUUAUAUAUAAUUACAUAUAAUUGUAUAUGCAAUUUAUAUAUAUGAAAUUUAUCUCUAUGUGGCUACACACGCAUAUUAUAAUUAUUAUAUAUAAUUAAACAUGUCUACGAAAUAAAAAUACUGUUGAAUGGGAAACCGGGAAAAGUCAUUUGAUUCAAUUAAAUGUUUACAUCGUGGCCAGCCAUAUAAACAUAAGCAUUCGUUUUAAUUAUAUUCGUACAAAGGCAUUUUUUAAAGAUAUGGGACAUGUAAUUAUAUAUGAUUAUGCAUAGACAUGUAGAGACAAAAUCCACAUAUAAUUAUUUUUUCCCGGGAAGCGAGAGAAGAAACGGGAUAAUAUUGAGCUUGAGAGAUUUUUGCGACUUAUAGAUAUAGUAUAAAAGGCGCGGCAACGAAAACGACUGUUUUGCGACAGCGAUGAGAUUUCGGCGAAUACUGAACUGAUUCGUGUUGAUUCGCAGGUGCAAAAUCGUUUGCACGAUCUCGUGGGUAUUCACGUAUCGCGAGAGGAGACAAACGGAAGAACGGACCGUGAAGACGAAGUAAUGAAUAUGUUGUAACGACGAUAAAACAAUUUCGGUGUUUUGUUUGCGCGAGUAGUCGACAUUUAUCGAUAGUUGGUCGGAUCGAUAUGAAUACGAUUGCCAGCUGUUCCCGCCGCUUCACGGUUGCCGAGAGUCUCCGGCUACGUCUCGACAUGCUCAAACAUAUCUUCACGUGUACACUUGAGAAUAAAUUUCGUAAAUAUCGAUUAACAAUAUCCUUGUGAACACCAACUUACAAUAACGCUGCUAUCAAUACCAUAAUUUCCCAUUCAACAAUAUAAUAUAACACAUGUUGUACGUAGUUACAUUGUUGAGUGAAAAAUUAUAACAUUGAUGUAAUAUUGCCAUUAGUUGGUAUUCACUGGGUAGAUUAUUAUAUCAUUGUUAUAACAAGUUAUGGCAUUGUUAUAAUUUUUCUAAUAACAGUAUAUUUUAAAUUACAACACUGUUGUAACAUUACAUCAUUAUUAUAAUUUUAACAACAUAGGUGCAACAUAAUAU